AUGGCAACAGCCGUUCUCAGCCCCCAGGACUGCCUCCGCGACACCUUCACCAACCGCGGCGGCCUCCACUCCAUGACUCCACGCACCAAAAUCCGCUGCAAUCCUACCAAUACCCCCACCGCCAGCUCUUUCAAGCACGGGCGCGGUAAAUCCGACAAUCGCAGACCUGAAUCGUUCCUCUCUCCUCAACCCUCCGCGGCCAAGGUGCUAGCCAUGGGCGAGGUCAAGAUCCUUAAGCGAGGAGAACCGAUCCAGAACAACAAGGAGAACUCUCCAGCCGUCCGUUCUGCCUCAGCCGCGGUCAAGGUUGAAUUGAAGCUGGAUCUGGUGGUUUCUCCACCGGCAUCACCUACAGUGAACAGAUCCGUAGCUGGAUUCUACGCGGGAUCUGGAUUCUUCACUUCGCCGCCUCCUAGCUCUCUCCCUCUUCCCGUCUUCCUGAAGAAGAGCGCCGUCGUUGGAGUAGGUGUAGAUAGUGAAGCGACCAGCGAUCUGCGCAGGCUUCUGAACCUCGCCUUGUAG